GUGUACUGAAGGCUCUCUCGCUCUGGAACAGCAAGUUUUGUAUGUGCUAGUCUUUGCGUGGAGGCACACUUGUUGAUCAAAGUUCCAAUCAGGGUCUGUGCCUGCAGACUAGGGUCAGUGGUGGUCCUUGUAUCAUCACUGGAGUAAUCAGCCGAGCCGAUUUAGACGGCUACAAAACGAAAACUUCUUUCUGUUGGUUGAGUUGAUCAUAGACAGACGCGAUCAGAGGACAUGGCGACUUCAAAUUUUGUAUCUAAAGCUAUUUCUCAGAGAGCCAGGAAUAUGUUUGCCUUCGAUUUUCCACUGAAAAUUCUGUUUGAGAAAAUGACGGGAAAUCCGUAUCACGAAGAUAACAAGGAUGGUAUCAUUAACCUUUCAACAGCAUACAAUGAAGCGGUGAAAGAUGUCAUUACUGAAAAGUUUAACCAGCAGGAGCUAAAGAAAUGGGACUCCUCGAUGCUACCCUAUCCCAGUCACUGUCAAGGGGCUGCCUGCAUGAGGAAGGUCAUAGCAGAUUUUUUGUCGGCUGAGACCAAUGCUGCCCAAGUGCUUGACCCAGAGAAGAUGGUGAUAAUGGCUGGAGUAACUGCUGUCAUAAAUGUGAUGGCAUUCAUACUCUGCAAUCCGGGGGAUACUGUGUUGACCCCUUCUCCAAUGUAUGGGGGUAUACCACGGGACAUCAAGUACCAGGCUGAAGUUAAUACAUAUCCUGUCUAUCUAAGCAGUAAGGCAGAACCAGAUGGAAGAGAACCAUACGAGCUGACUGUUCAACUACUAGAGGAAGCCUUGGAGAAAGCCAAACAAGAGGGUCACAAAGUGAAAGCCCUUAUUCUUGUCAACCCAUUCAAUCCUUGUGGGACUGUUUACACCAGACAGCAGGUCUUGGAGUACCUCAAAUUUUGCCACAAGCACAGUCUACAUUGUGUUAUAGAUGAGAUUUACAAUUGCAGUAUUUAUGAUGAUUCUGUCCAGAGUUCGAGUAUAUUCACCUUUAACCCAGAUGAUCUACCCGAUAAGGAUAGGACACAUGUCUUAUGGGGAAUGGCCAAGGAUUUUGGAAUGCCAGGUAGUCCUGUAGGAGUAGCAUAUACCUGGAAUCCCAGUGUCUUGGCCGCCCUGAUUGCUUUGGUGGAUUUUUAUCAAGUACCUCUGUUUCUCCAGAUUGCCGUGACAAAAGUUCUAAAAGACAAAGAAUGGUUAAAAUGGUACCUGUCAACCCAGAAAAGCAUGUUACUUGAAUCUUCCAACAUCGUGCAGGAAACAUUAGAUGAACUUGGGGUACAGUAUAUGAAACCGGUUGCUGGCUUAUUCUUAUGGGCAGACUUUAGAAAGUUCAUCCCUAAUGCAACCAAGGAAUCCGAGAUGGCGUUCUCCAUGCACUGCCUUGACAAUGGGAUUGCCAUUGCACCGGCCUCGUCGUUCUAUUACAAUGAGUAUGGCUGGGCGAGGAUCGUCCAUACUUUACCAAAGGAAAUCCUUAUCGAAGCCAUGAAGAGACUCAAAGCAUCGUGUAGAUCAUUCCAAGGUUAACCAGCACCUACCAAGGAAGGACACUUUCCAUUCCACUGCCUUAUUACAAAUAAAGAAAUAUUUGCUAACACCAUGAUACAAAGCAGAAGCAGAUCCAGGAUUAUCCAAAAGGGGGAGGGCAUUUUUGUACAGAAAAAGAAAUUAACAACCCCCUCCCCCCACAAAAAAGGUGCUUUAUGUCGGGAAUAAUUCAACAAGCAAAAACAAGGUAUUCACUACACAAUGGAGGUCACAUAAAAAGGUCCUCAUUUGAAAGGGGGGGGGGGGGUAUCUGCAACUGAUACAUGUACAUAGCUAGGUAGCUGUAGAGAUCAUGUUUACGACCACAAUGCCAUACCAAAUAAUAUCUGUCAAGGCAAUGCAGGGUAGAUAUGACAAUUCAUUUACAAAAUAAUGUAUAUGUCUGUUGACUCUGUUCCCUUCAGUAUUACACUAUUUAGUGAUUUCAUUUUGUUUCCAUUCAUUUCAUUUCAUUUAUUUCACCUUCAUGUUUAGAAAUAAAAAUAUAUUUACCAUGUGUACAAUUAAAUUAGGCGUUGAUAUAUAAGGUGGGUGCCCAUUAAAAUACAGAGAGCUUAAGAUCUGAUUCCAAAUUGCUUGCAGUUCCUAAAUCCAUGAAAUCGGGGGGGGGGGGGGAUUAGUCAUUUGCAUAUGCUGGACCUUCCGUGUGGAAUCAGUUGCCAGUUGAAAUAUUCUAUCCGGAAUAUUUCAAAUAUAGAUCCAUUUGUUUUAAAAUUGCCUUCCAGUAGUUUCCUCAUUGUCAUGAUUGUGUUUCUUUUAUCCUGUCUUUUCCCACUCCAUGUAAUCUUUCUCGUUUCCUUUUCUCAGCGCCUUGACUUGAUUUGGCGCUUUAGAAAUACUCUAUAUUACUAUUAUUAUUAACGGGGAAAAGGAGAAAAAGAGGGAGAAAGGAAGAGAAACGUAGUGGGAAAGAAGACAUUAUUGUUCAUUAUAAUGUUAUAUUAUAUCAUAAUUAUGUUAUGUUAUAUUAUAUUACAUAAGAAACAUUUUUUUCAUAACUUUAUGAAGCAUAAUUUGCUCAGGGCCUAUGUCUUCAUUGUUCCUGGUGCUCGCAUUGUCUGUUUACCGAGAUAUAUAAUCCUGUUAUACUAAAACCUCCCGUUUUCAAGUCAAUAUACACCAAACUGCCAAAUAUAUUUCCUCGCACUUCGAGUUAUUGUUCUAUGUACAAUAGUAUGCUUCUUUUUCAUGACUACUUAAAGUGAUUGCCCCAUUUUAAGGUCUUGAUAUAAAACAUUUCCUGUCCGUGCUUAUGUUCGCAGUAGUGGAUUGGUGAAAUAUGUCUGCUCUCCAUGAAUUCCUAGAAUCAGUCCUUAAAUGUCCCUCUUUCUAAUCUGAAUAUCAAAAAUUUUCAGCUCGCGCUUCGCGCUCGCAUAAUUUGGUUAGUGAACUACGUAUGGUCUUCGUGAAUUUCUACAAACAAGCCUUAAAAUGCCCCUCUUCAGGUCUGAAUUUCCUAAAUUUUCAGCUCGCGCUUCGCGCUCGCAAGAUUUGAUUAGUGAGACGGGUAUGUUAAUCAUGAUUACAAGUGCUUUAUGUGCAUGUUUAGAUGUAAUUCUAACAAAAUCAGCAAGCGCUUAUUGGCACUCGCAUUAGAUGACUAUGGUGAGAUGUGUAUACUCUUGAUGGAUUCCUAAAAUAUAGUCCUUAAAAUCUUCCUGUUUGGGGGUCAAUAUUUACAAAAAUUUCAGCUCGCGCGAAAUUAUUUAGCGAGACAGGUCCAUAUCACGAUUACAAAAGAUUGAUUAUGAUGUCCCAUUACUUGACCAGUCAGUGAGAGACAUAUCCGUUUAAUGGCACUGUCCUUAAAAUGUCUCUAUUAGGUAUACCUGGCAACUGGGCGCGCUCACUUAGUGACUCCAAAUUUUUGCUGGUGCCCCCCCAAUGCCGUGACCCACGGUACGCCACUGAUUAGAGAGCUUAUCACCAGGGGUCGAAACAUAGCAUAUAAAUAUGUUUGAAUUGCGACAAGUAACAUACAAUGAGAAGUGAUUACAUAGAACAGGAACAGCUUUGGUAUCCCAUUUAAAACAUUUUGUGAAGUUAAUGUCAUUAAUUUUCUUUAAUGUCUCUUGUGAAUUUCUUUGGUCUUACGCAACAAUCAAUUCGAGCAAGUAAUUUACUUGUUACAUUUUAUGUUGCAGAAUAAAUUGCAUAUCGUAUCACCCUUGAAUGAUAUAUGAUGCCAAUCGUGUGUGUGUGACAUGAAAGAAUGAUAGAUUCAUAUAGAUGUAAUACAUGUCCUAUAGCAAUAUACACGUACCUUGUUUAGCAUUAAUGGAGGG